CUCCUGCGGGAUACGUUUUCAUGAAGGUUUCACCCUGAGUCAUCCGAUGGCGCUGGUUCCUGUCGUAAACGUGGUGGGAAUCCUGAGCUGGAUGAUCGAGAUGUUCAGUGUCGAGAUGUGGAAGGAGUGUGCCGGCAAUCUCCAAUGCCGAGUGAAGCGCUUCCCGUCACUCUUCAGCCAACCUCCACAGAAAUUUCUCCCUCAGCUGUCAGAGAUCAAUGAGGUGGAGGCAUCGGAAAGGCUUCACUACUGGGGCUCCAUCCUCUUGUCUUCGCCUCCUAUCAUGGCUUUCGCUUGCGAAGCAAUGCGCUUUUGUUCCAGGAAAUAUGCAGUCAACAAGCAGGUCGGCAGCAAGAAAGUUGAACCACAAUAUUCUCAGAUAUCAAAGAACUCAAUCCCUGGCAGCCACAGCAGGUUGCUUAAACUGGAGGAAAAUCGAACCUCUGAUGUGGAGAGCCCGGUACUUGUGCCCCAAGACCAUACAUUCAAAGGAGAAAGCACUGCUGGGUCUUUUGGGAUAUGGCUCAUUCUGUACCACACCACUUGCGCUGGCAUCGUAGCAGUUGCCGUGCUACAUGGCUGGCUCUCCAGUAGCACCGGGCUGGCAUGGGAGCUUUGGGUAUUAUGGCAGCAGUUGUGCCUCUGGAAUUUGUUUAUACAGACUGGGUGCCGUUGUGCGAUGCUGGAUAGCGAAGCCCUGGAAGCAUCCACGUGCACAGCCGUGCUGUCGUACACAGCCCCAUUCAUCAGUGAGGUGUACGAUACCAUGAAGGACUGGGUGGUGACAGGGAUUUGCCUCCUUUAUGCCGAGACUUGGCAGGGCUUUGUGGUAGGAGCUGUCCUUGUUGGAAUUGAAGCGAGUGCGCUGGCACGGGGAUUGAAUCCUCGUUGGAUUUCCAUUUCCGACGAUCUGAAAAUUAGCCCUCCGGCCUACGUGUUGCAGGUGUUCUAUGCCGCACUCCUUUUUGUACUCUUUCUUGCGCGGGGUCCACUUUGGAUCAAAAUGCCUGGUGCCUUUCUAGUUCUGCUCCAGUUCAUUGAGGACAACCAUAGCUCGCUCUUUAGUGGAAUGUCCCUUGUGGUGCUUUUUGCAUCAUGCAUUAUUCUCAUGCUCCGCUUGGACGCAUGUGAAUUGCUGUCCUCUCCGUGCCUCACAUUUGUGCAAGCUGCCUUUGAAUGGCUGGGUGAUGGAGGGCUUCUAGCAGUGGUGUCUGCCUACGUUAUUGUGGUUUCCUAUGUGCAAGUCAGCUGGCAUGAUGAGUGCAAACGUGAGCUUCGUAAAAGCUACCGGGUGAUUCUUGAGUUGGCAGAGAAGAAACCUGAGACCCUCAAAGCUGAAACGUGGCCAGAGUGGACAGAAAGGCAGUUUAGCAAUUUUUGUGUAGACUUUGUGAGCAGGGCUCGUCUUCUCAUAGCGUGGUCGGAGGACUGGCCGCAAGGCGUUCUGGGUGUUGCUUUGGUUCUGAGGUAUGUAGGGUUGAAAGGCUUUGGAUUUGCAGGAAUUUCUGCCGCUAUCAGCGUGGGGAAGGGAGUUUUGAUCCCUGUGGGCCAGAGUCUGAUCUUUGAGUACAAAAAGGCCGCAGUCGAGAAGGCUUUGGAUGACUUGGUAUUCUCUGCUGAGACAAGGCAAAGGAUGGUUGAGACACUACCGUCACCACCGCAAAACUCGCCAAUCGACCCUGAAAGCGUUGGUGAACCAUUCAACAGAUUGAUGAAAAAGCACUCCGACUCUGUGCUCAAGAGGCUUAAUGUCGCAGAUUCUGAACUUUACCGGCCUUUAAGGGAUUGGCUGCAGCAACAAUGGUUCAAGGAUCUUAUGAAGUCGGAAAGGCACAUUGAGCGUUUCCGCGUCAGCCUUGUUGAGCACUAUUUGAACAACGGUGCUCCCGUGAGAUAUUUGUAUCAAUUGGGACAUAUGAAGGGUAAAUGCAAAUUAGCUGGCUUCAAGGCCAGCGAUUGCAAGGAGCUUGCAAAUUUCACAGCGGAGAUGUGCAAGAAGGCUAAAUUCACCGUCAAGGAUUGCACAGAUGCCGGAUUUUCAUUGUCGCAGUGCAAAGAGGCAGGCUUUACUGUGAAGCAUUUCAAAAAUGCUGGUUUCACUGCCACGCAGUGCGCGGAGGCUGGUUUCAGCCAAGAUGACUUGGAAGAUGUCGACUUCACCACUUCAAAGCAGUGGGAGGAUGCUGGCAUCAUGCCGAGCAUUUGCAGUUUCACCCAGAAGCCAAAAGUGGCAUAUGACCUGGAAUCAGAUACAGAAGAUUCAGAAUCUGAGGUUUCGUGCAGGCGCUGCCGCCGCCGAAAGAUAGAAUCGUUAGAAUGACUCAGACAGAGCGCUUGCUCUGUUCCAGAUGUUCUAAGCGCGAAGAGCUUAUUUUUAGAAAACAAUGUGG